AUGGCCGCCAACAAGCUCGUCAAGGUGGGCAUAAUAGGCUGUGGCGAAAUAACGCAGGUGGCACACAUCUCGACAUUGGGGUUUCUCUCUGAUUUCUUCACCAUCACGUACCUGUGUGAUGUUUCGGCAGAAUCUCUCAGGCACAAUGCUCAAAAGGUCAUCAAUCACAUCCCCCAAACCACCCAAAACCCGGCCGAGCUUUGUGCGUCACCAGACGUCGACCUGGUCUUCAUAGCGAGCUCUGACGAGUACCAUGCCGUGCAUGUGAUAGAGGGGUUGAGGCAUGACAAGCAUGUUUUUGUCGAGAAACCAAUGGCGCUCUGCGUGAGGGAUGCUGACGCUAUAAUCGAGGCCGAGGAAAGAUCCAAAGGUAAAGUCAUGGUGGGCUAUAUGCGUCGAUAUGCUGCAGCCUUUGUAGACAUGACAAAGGAAAUUGGUGGCAUGGAUAAGAUUCUGUAUGCUCGAGUUAGAGAUAUCAUCGGUCCCAACAGCCACUUUGUCGCACAAUCAGGCACAUUUCCAAAGGUAUUCACAGACUUCACACCUGAAGUCGCGCAAGACAGAAAUGAUAGGGCGUCGGAAAUAGUGCAUCAAGCAUUGUCGGUCGAAUGUGGAUUGCCUGUCAAUCCCGAAUCCACGAGAAUGUGGCGACUGCUGGGUGGCUUGGGGUCUCAUGACCUGUCAGCAAUGAGAGAAGCCCUCGGAAUGCCAGACCGGGUCAUUGGGGCAUCCAUAAAUCUUCCAUUCUGGAGUGCAAUGUUGGAAUAUCCCACCUUUUCAGUAACCUAUGAGUCUGGGAUCGACAAUGUUCCUCGCUUUGAUGCCCAUAUUGAGGUGUAUAGCAUGGCAAAAUCCGUUCGGGUCAAAUAUGACACUCCCUAUAUCAAGGGUCUGCCUGUGACUAUGGUUGUCUGCGAAAACAUCGACGGAGCAUACAGAGAGUCGACUGUCAAGCGUACCUAUGAAGAUCCUUAUACCUUGGAAAUGAAGGAACUGUACCAGAUGGUUGUCCACAGGAAGGAAGUAAAGACCACAGCGAAGGAUGCAAAGAUGGAUCUGAAAAUUUUUCAAAUGAUCAUGAAGGCUGGAACUAGGGCCCAACCUUAG